AUGUUAUUUAAAGGCUUCAUUGGAUCACUUUUGCUUUAUGCAUUAUAUUACUUUGUUUCCGAUGGGGGGACCAAGAGUGGCCAAGUUGAUUGGAGAGUUAGACAAGAAGAAGUUAGACAAGUUUUUUUAGAGAGUUGGAAUAGUUAUGAAGAAUAUGCGUGGGGUAAAGAUGUCUUUCAUCCAAUUCUGGGGACUGGAGAAAAUAUGGGACCAAAACCUUUAGGAUGGAUGAUUGUUGAUUCCUUAGAUACAUUGUUACUUAUGGGAUGUGAUGAUGAAUUCGAACGAGCUAAAAAAUGGGUUAAAGAAGAUUUAGAUUAUGGAUUUGAUUAUAAUGUUAAUGUAUUCGAAACAACCAUUAGAAUGUUGGGUGGUUUACUUUCAGCAUUCCAUUUAACAAAUGAUGAUAUGUUUUUAGAUAAGGCCACUGAUUUAGGUAACGCCUUGAUGGGAGGUUUUAAAAGUCCAAGUGGAUUACCGUAUCUGUCAGUUAACUUACAGUCUGGUGAAGGAAUUAAAAAUCACGUUGAUAAUGGUGCAUCAUCAACUGCUGAAGUCUCAACACUACAAUUAGAAUUCAAAUACUUAUCAAAAUUAACCGGUGAAUCCCUUUACUGGGAACAAGUUGAAAAAAUUAUGAAAAUUUUAGAUGAUAAUAAACCAAAAGAUGGUUUAGUACCAAUAUAUGUUCAUCCAGAUACUGGGAAGUAUCAAGGGAGACUAAUUCGUUUAGGCUCAAGAGGUGAUUCUUAUUAUGAAUAUUUAUUGAAACAAUAUUUACAAACUAAUAACGAAGAAUCUAUUUAUUGGAAUAUGUAUAGAGAAUCAGUUGAUGGAGUUAAAAAACAUUUGGUUGGUAAAACAAACCCUGGUCAAUUGACUUUCAUUGGAGAGUUGGAUCACGGUAUUGGAAGAGAAUUAUCUCCUAAAAUGGAUCAUUUGGUUUGUUUUUAUGGUGGAUUAUUGGCUGUUGGUGCAACAAAUGGUUUCACUUUAGAAGAAGCUCGUAAAUCUCCAAAUUGGGAUUCUGAUAAAGAAAGUGAUUUCAAAUUAGGUGAAGAAUUAACUCAUACUUGUUAUAAAAUGUAUCAUGAAGUACCAACCGGAUUAUCACCAGAAAUUGCCGUUUUCAAUGAAAAUCCAAAUAAAGAUCAUGAUUUUUUCAUUAAGAAAUUAGACAGACAUAAUUUACAAAGACCGGAAACCGUUGAAUCAUUAUUUUAUCUUUAUAGAUUAACUAAAGAUGAAAAAUAUCGUGAGUGGGGUUAUGAAAUAUUUCAAAAUUUCGUUAAAUAUACUAAAAUCAUAAAUGAAGACGGUAAAGUUAGUUACACCUCAUUGGAUGAUGUUACUUCUAUCCCACCUAGGAAAAGAGAUAAUAUGGAGAGCUUUUGGUUAGCUGAAACGUUGAAAUACUUAUAUUUAUUAUUUGAUGAAGAUAACAAAAUUCCAUUAGAUCAAUACGUUUUCAAUACUGAAGCUCAUCCUUUCCCAAGAUUUGAUAUGGCUCCUUUAUUCAAAACUGGUUGGGAAAGAAGUGAAAACGAUGAAAGAUCUAAAAUUCAUUAUAAAGGUGCGGUUAAAGAAUAUACAAUGGAAGCAUCUACUGAUGAAGAAGAAUUGAAUAAAAAAUUGAAAAUUGAUAAACAUAAUCCUCCACAAGCUGCUCCGGUUGGUAAAUCAGUCGAAGAUGAAGCUAAAGAAGAAGCUGAAAAAAAUCCCGGUAUUUUAAAUGACGAUAAAAAGGAAAAUAAAGAAAAAUUCGAAAAAAUUUUAGAAAACAUUAAUCCUUAG